UGAUGUUGGCGGGUUCGGUGUUACGAAAACAAACAACAUAUUUCAAUUGUUGAAUAAAUUAUCAGUUUACAGUAAUUCAAUAUGCAAGAUGAUUUGGAGGUUACGGGAAUAUCCCGAAGCGGGAGAGUGAGAAAGAAAAGUUCAAAGUUAAUGGAUUUUGAAUCUCCAGACGAUAUUGAAACUAGGUUUCGUCGUCAAACACCGGUGAAGUCGUACGCCGGUUUCAAGCAAGAAGAGCCUAUAGAGUUUCACGAGACUCCACAAAAGCCCGCGGAAGACGCGGGUACUGCUUCGGGUAGUGAAUCUGACUUUUAUGAGAACAAUGGAGAAAAUGCUGAAAGCAUGGAGUCGGACAGUUCAGCAUCAGACGAGGGCACCGCGCGGACUCCCGCCAACUCUCUCUACAUGAUGGAAAAAAGUAACAAGAAAAAAUUAAUAAUAAAAGAUGGAAAAGUCAUUGGUAGAGCCAAAGCCCAGAGAAAAGAUAAAGGCAAAACUCGAAUUACUGCAUACAUGAUGUGGGCUAAAGAAGCUAGAAAUGAUCUUUUACGCCAGAGUCCAAAUAUGGACUUUUCUGCAAUUUCAAAGAAACUCGGUGAGAUGUGGGCUAAUGUGACAUAUAAUGAGCGAUACUUGUGGAAACGUAAGGCAAAGAGAUUUGCAAUGCAAAAGGAACAGAGCAAUCAAGCUACAACCUCAAAGAUUAUAUCAAAUCCUAGUGUCCACCCGAAGUCAAAUGUAGGUCCUGGUAGACCACCGGCCAACCGGGCGCGUCAGCCCCCACCUCCCGCGCAGCAAAAUACCCUAACACCGGUGUCAACUAGCAGUCCGACGUCAGUGACGUCAGCGCUGCCGACAGGGGGUGCAGCUGCUGUGUACCGCGUGACGGGCUGCGGCACUGUCGAAGUGGCCGCUCACCUACGUCUGCUCGGUGAGAGCCUUGCCAUCAUCGGGGAACGGCUCAAAGAGCAUGAGGGUCAGAUCGCGGUGUCGGGAUCUGUGUCGGUGCUGCUGGACACGCUACUGUGCUCGCUGGCGCCGCUGCUGAGCGUGGCGCGCGCGCUGCCGCCCCUCGCACCCCCCGCACAUAUCAUGCAGAACACGCUGCACAACAUCGCGUACAUCAUGCCUGGACUAUAACCAACACGCACCCCCAACAUGACCGGACUUAUAACCAACACGCACCCCCCAACAAUAUGCUCGGACUACAACCAACACGCGCCCCCAACAUGACCGGCCAAAAAC